CUCCUCCGCGGGCCCGCCCGGCCCGGGCGAGGCGGCGGCAGCGGAGGGGACCACGUGGGCGGGGGGGGCGAGAUGGCGGCGCGGGGCGAGAUGGCGGAGCAGCGGGAGGUGGCGGAGCAGCGGGAGGUGGCGGCGCAGCAGCGGGAGGUAGAGGCGCAGCGGGAGGUGGCGGCGAAGCUGGAGGCGCUUACGUUCGACCCCAGCGCGGCGGCCCCGGGCCCUCCUGGCCCCCGGGAGGGCGAGGGGGGAGAUGAGGCCGUGGUGCCGCUGGGCGAGGCGGCGUCCUGCUCCCAGCCGGCCGCGGCGGCGGACUCGGAGAGUGACACAGAUUCAGACAGUUCAUCAACUACAUCCUCCUCCUCUUCGUGUUCUUCUUCAUCAACAGUGUCUGAUGAAGAUGAUCAUCCAAACGAGAAGGAUAACAGAAGACAGUGUGUUAAAACAAAAGAUGAGUUGCCCCUUGAUGAACUGCCUCCAGUUGAAGACUUAUCUUUAAUUCUACCUGAUAAUGUUGAACUGAAGCUCUUUGGGACAGUUUCCAGUAUCAUUGAGCAGCUAGUAAUAAUUGAAUCUCUGAGAGGCCUACCUCCAAUAAACGAGGAAAGCAUAAUUUUUAAAGAAGAUCGGCAAGCUGCAGGAAAGAUAUUUGAGAUAUUUGGUCCUGUUAUGCAUCCCUUUUAUGUGUUACGAUUUAACAGCCCUGAGCAUAUCAAAGAAAAAAGUAUUAAUGUGCAAGAUAACAUGUAUUUUGCUCCAUCAGUACAGGACUUCACCCAGUAUAUAUUUGCAGAGAAACUGAGACAGGAGAAGGGGUCAGAUGCAUCUUGGAAGAAUGACCAGGAACCGCCACCUGAAGCCUUGGACUACAGUGAUGAUGAAAAAGAGAGAGAGGCAAAACAAAGGAAAAAGAAGCCUCAAAAUCAAGGAAGGAAGAAAUUCAGAUCAGAAACAAAUACAUCAGAUGAGUACGAAGGAGCUCAUCAGCCAGUGCAACAGCCUGCUUCAAGUUAUUCAAGGGGGUACCAUGACAGACAGUUCUCUGGUGUUCCGUUUCCUCCACCAUCAGGACCUCGAGGAUUUUCAAGACCUCAAAUGAGACCACCACAGCUAUACUAUUCAGACAACAGAAUACAUCAUGAGUCUCCAGUGUUCCGGCAGCCUUACAGAAAUGAAAAUCCAAUGAUGCAGCAGUAUCCCUUUCCUCCUCCAGUUUUUGGUUCUGGUAAUGAGAUGCAUCAAUUUCACCAUCCGCCUUCAAAUCUAAAUAUGGCUUGGAUGGGCCCAAACAUGUACAACUCAUCGUACCCAUUUUUGCCACCACCACCGCCGCCUCCACCUCCUCCAGAUAGCCAUCGUUCUCCCUUCAAGCCUUACUAAGUUUCCAUAAACGUGUGGCUGCCAAGACUCUAUUCCCUUAUUUUGGAGAUGCUUUUUUUUUCUGCAAGAAUAGGACAAAUGCAGAGUUCGAUGCUUUGUGGGAUAUCCACAGAAAACUUUUUUUCUAUUUCUUUUCUGUUUCAAAAAAAGUAUGAUUAAAAUUACAUUAUUAUAUAAUGGUUUAUUUUUGUAAUAUCUACCAGCUUGGGGUGAUAAUAAAAACUUUUCAGAGAUCGGUGUAUAGUGUUUGAAAUGUUUUGUACUAAAUUGAGGUUUAAUAACUACUGUUUCAUGGUGAUAGGGGAUAUUUGGCAUAGAUGUUGUUUUCAAUAGUUUUUAGAUCAGUUGGAUACUGCUAUGCUGGACUGUCACUUGUUUGGAUUUGUGUCGUAUGGUGGGAAAGCAUCGGAGAUGGAAAGCUGCUGUAUGGAGUCCUACACGACGAGUUGCAGAAGCUGCUGAGGGAGAAGGUGAAUCGAGUCAGUUUGCAGAAGUGAAAGCCGUUCAGCUGGCCUUAGAUAUUGCUGAACGAGAAAAGUGGCCAGUUCUCUAUCUCUAUACUGAUUCAUGGAUGGUAGCAAAUGCCCUGUGGGGGGGGCUACAGCAAUGGAAGCAGAACAACUGGGAACGCCGGGGCAAACCCACCUGGGCUGCUGCAUUGUGGCAAGAUAUUGCUGCCUGGGUAGAGAACCUGGUUGUAAAGGUACGCCAUGUAGAUGCUCAUGUGCCCAAGAAUCGGGCUACUGAAGAACAUGGUAUUGAGUGGGUGUAUCACAUCCCUUAUCAUGCACCAGCCUCCGGGAAAGUUGAACGAUACAAUGGACUGUUAAAGACUACACUGAAAGCAAUGGGUGCUGGGACAUUCAAAAAUUGGGAAACACAUUUGGCUGCCAGCCGGGCUAAACCACAACAGUCCAUUUGGCGCCCAACGUGGGGCUCGAAGGGUUGAGAUAUCGACAGAUUUGACCAGAGUGUGUUAAACUAAAAUUGGUAUAAGUAUUCGACCUGCUUAAUAGUUGCUAGUCACAAUGUUGAUUGCCUUAAUCUCAAGUCUGCUGUACCUGUUACCCAAAUUGAGUUUUAUAGCAAGUUACUUUCUGUAUGUGCUCCCUGCUCCCUUCUAAUCUGCUUACAUGGAGAAUAAAAUUUGAGACCUAAUUUUU